AUGGGUGUCAGCGAAAAGAUUAAAGAAAUUGAGGAGGAGAUGCGGCGGACUCAAAAAAACAAAGCCACCGAAUACCAUCUCGGUCUCCUCAAGGGAAAGCUUGCGCGUCUACGUGCGCAACUUCUCGAACCCGCUCCCGGAGCUGGCGCGGGAGCGGGAACGGGUUUCGACGUUUCUAAGAGCGGGGAUGCACGUAUUGCGCUCGUUGGAUUUCCUUCCGUCGGAAAGUCAACCCUGCUGUCGAAGAUCACGAAGACGAAAUCUGAAGUUGCGGCAUACUCUUUUACGACUCUUACGGCUAUUCCGGGAGUUUUGGAAUAUGGGGGUGCAGAGAUUCAGAUUCUGGAUUUACCGGGUAUCAUCGAGGGGGCCUCCGAAGGCAAGGGUAGAGGGCGACAAGUUAUCUCGGCGGCGAAGACGAGCGACUUGAUCAUGAUGGUCUUGGAUGCGACGAAGAAGGCAGAGCAAAGGGCCCUCUUAGAGGCCGAACUAGAGGCGGUGGGUAUUAGGCUUAACAGGCAAAGACCAAAUAUCUACCUGAAACAAAAGAAAGCCGGAGGCAUGAAGAUUAAUUUUAUGAGCACGCCAAAGAAUUUGGAUGAGAAGAUGAUUUACAAUAUCCUAAGGGAUUACAAAAUGCUCAAUUGCGAGGUCUUAGUUAGAGAUGAAGAUGCCACUGUUGACGAUUUUAUUGAUGUGAUCAUGGAGGCCAAUCGAAAAUACAUUAAAUGCCUUUAUGUAUACAACAAGAUCGACUGUAUCAGCAUGGAAUUCCUCGACCAACUCGCUCACGAAGACCAUACCGUCGUCAUGUCCUGCGAGCUUGAUCUCGGUAUCAGCGACGUUGUUGAACGCGCCUGGAAGGAGCUGAACCUGAUGCGGAUAUACACCAAACGCAAAGGUGUAGAACCUGAUUUUUCUGAGGCCCUCAUUGUGAGGCAGGAUUCUACUGUCGAGGAUGUCUGCGACCAGGUGCAUAGGACAUUGAAGGAGAGCUUCAAGUACGCUCUUGUUUGGGGCGCAAGCGCAAGACAUGUCCCACAGAGAGUAGGUCUGGGGCAUGUCGUCGCUGACGAGGAUGUCAUCACUAUUGUUACAAAGUAG